AAUUACAAAAGAGAUAUUCCCAUGUGUUGAAGAAAUUUUCCACAGCAAAUGCAGCUACAUGUCUCACAGAUAAGAGAUAAAUUGGAAUAAACAGCUGUCAGUGUUAAAUAAAUAUCCUGGAUAACGUACAGGACUGAAAUAACUACAACAUCGUCAAACUCUUUUCUUCACUUUAUUGAGCUGUUCUUGCAUGUAGCUCCCAAUCUUUCCACUGCUCCAGUUAGUGAAGCAUUUAUUUUUGAGUCAGCUGCAUUUCUUAAGACAGUAACAACGAAAGGCAUUUCCUGAGAAGCUGCAAGGAUGAGCAGCAAGAAAGAGCAACAGCUAAGAAAAUACGGGACCCUUGUAGUGCUUUUUAUCUUCCAAGUUCAGAUUUUUGGUUUUGAUGUUGACAAUCGACCUACAACAGAUGUCUGCUCAACACACACAAUUUUACCUGGACCAAAAGGGGAUGAAGGUGAAAAAGGAGACAGAGGAGAAGUAGGCAAACAAGGAAAGGUUGGACCAAAAGGACCAAAAGGAAACAAAGGACCAGUGGGGGAUGCUGGUGACCAGGGAAUGCUUGGGAAAAUUGGCCCUAUUGGUGGCAAGGGUGACAAAGGAGCCAAGGGCUUAUCAGGGGUUCCUGGAAAAAAAGGAAAAGCAGGCACGGUGUGUGACUGCGGAAGAUACCGCAGAUUUGUUGGACAACUGAAUAUCAAUGUUGCUCGUCUUAAUACAUCCAUCAAGUUUGUAAAGAAUGUAAUAGCAGGUAUCAGGGAGACAGACGAGAAAUUCUAUUAUAUCGUGAAAGAAGAGAAGAAUUACAGAGAAGCCUUGAUCCAUUGCAGGGACAGAGGAGGAACACUGGCCAUGCCUAAAGACGAGACAACCAAUGCCCUGAUUGCCGACUACAUCUCUAGCAGUGGCCUCUUCCGAGCCUUCAUUGGGCUGAAUGACAUGGAAAAAGAAGGACAGUUUGUGUAUGCAGACAACAGCCCACUGCAGAACUACAGUAAUUGGAAGCAAGGGGAGCCUCAUGACCCAGCUGGCCGCGAGGACUGUGUGGAAAUGCUCAGCACAGGAGAGUGGAACGACUCUGAGUGCCAAGUCACCAUCUACUUUGUAUGUGAAUUCCUCAAGAAGAGGAAAUAAAAGUGCCAGAGAAUGUGCCUGGCAUCUGCUGUAUAUACAAUAAACCAUCCUCAUUCAUCUGCUGUAGGGAGAGCAAACCAGGAGUAGUAAACUAGGGAUAGGACUUAAUCCAGCCUUCACAUCAUCAGGUUAAGCAAGAGUAGCUACUGUUUAGUCAUCAGUGAUGAUAAAGUCAGCAAAGGUCUGCAGAGGGCAUCCAGCCAGUUGUGGAUUUUUAUUUCAUUUAUACAUGCAUUUUAGGAUGGGCAUUUCUUUGUGUAAUUUAGGGGUAAAUUUAGAGCUUGCAGAGGUGAAUAUAAUUUCACCAAUGCCAGAAAUAGUAGGUUCAUUGGUAUAUUAAUUACUGAUGUGAUUUGCAAAGUCCACAAAGUGGAAAAAAAGUGAAAGAGUGUGAUUUUCACUAAUCUCUGACCUGUGCAGGAAGUCCCAGUAAUCUCCCUGGUGACUUCAGAGCUGGGAGAACAGAUUUACAGCUUCUCUAGAAAAAAUUCUUUGUUUGUUAGAAUCAUAGAGUAAUCUGAGGUGGAACAGAUCUCUGGAGGUAAUCUGGUUGAAUCAUCCAUGCAAAGCAAGGCCAACUUCAAACUCAGAAGUUGGAAUACUCCCUUAAUUUGGCUGUGCAAUUAUAUUGCCUGAUAUGCAUUUAUCUGGACUUCUGCAAAGCCUUUGACAUGGAUGCCCACAACAUCCUUCGGUUUAAAUUGGAGAGAGAUGGAUUUGCUGGGUGAACUAUUAGAUGAAUAAAGAAUUGGUUGGACUGUCACAUCCAGAUGUUAGUGGUCGAUAGCUUAGAAUUCUGAUGGUCAUCAAAGACAAAUGUUGUGCGUGUCCCACAGGGGUCCGUUUUGGGACCAGUGUUAUUUAAUAGCUUCAUUAAUCACAGGGACAAAAGGAUUGAGUGCACCCUCAGCAAAUUUGCAGAUGACACCAAGCUGAGUGGUGCAGUUGACAGACCUGAAGGACAGGAUGCCAUCCAGAGGGGCCUGGACAAAUUCGAGAAGUGGGCUCAUGGGAAUCUUAUGAGGUUUAACAAGACCAGGUGCAAGGUGCUGCACCUGGGUCAGGGCAACCCCCAGUAUAAAAACAGGCUGGGGAUGAACAGAUUGAGAGUAGCUCUGCUGAGCAGGACUUGGGGGUGGUGGACGAGAGGCUGGACAUGAGCAGGCAAGGUGCACUCACAGCCCAGAAAGCCAAUCAUGUCCUGGGCUGCAUCCAAAGCAGCGUGGGCAGCAGAGCGAGAGAGAGGAUUCUGCCCCUCUACUCCACUCCUGUGAGGUUGCAUCUGCAGUGCUGCAUCCAGCUCUGGGGUCCCCAGCACAGAAGGGACAUAGACCAGAGGAGGGUCACCAAGAUGAUCAGAGGGAUGGAGCACCUCUCCAAUGAGGAACGAUUGAGAGAAUUGGGUUUGUUCAGGCUGAAAAAGAGAAGGUUGUGGGUGACCUAACUGUGGUCUUCCAGUACCUGAAAAGGGAGCCUACAAGAAACUUGGAGAGAGACUUCUUGCAAGGGCAGGAAGUGACAGGAUAAGAGGGAAUAAGUUUAGACUGAAGGAGAGUAGGUUUAUAUUAGAUAUCAGGAAGAAAUUCUGUAAGAUAUCAGAAACAACCACUGUGAAGGUGGUGAGGCACUGGAUCAGGUUGCCAAAGAACUUGUGGAUGCCCCAUCCCUGGAAGUAUUCAAGGCCAGGUUGUAUGGAGUUCUGAGCAAUUUGGUCUAAUGAAAGCUGUUCCUGCCUAUGGCAUGGGAGUUGGAACUAUAUCUUUGAGGUCACUUCCAACCCAAGCCAUUCUAUGGUUUUACAAAGGAGAGGUCUUGCUUAUCUCUGCUUCUAACUCUAUCUUCCAUCACUCUGGUCUGAGGUGUGAGGAAUUAAUGGUACUUCUGCAUACGAGCCUGCAAAGCUUGUAGGAAACCUGAGAAUAGGUGGAGAACUCCUAGCCUCUGAAAUCUCCCAAAAUCUAUGAAGAACAUAGAAAAAUAAAUCUAGAACAAAGAGAACAAUUCCUGUAGGCUGUAAACAGGCACAUGUAGUAUAAGCUACACCUUGUGCAUUGCUGGUUUAAUGAGUGAUUCUAGAAACAUAUUAACUGCCUAACUCAGAAGGCAGUGACAUAUAAUGUCUAAUGCUAAAAUCACCCAUGCCUUUGCAACACAGGCCACAGCUAUGGAACAGGCUUCAUGCCCCAAGAAUUCAGGUGUGGAUGAGCUACUAAGUCAUGCACUUCAGAGACACUCCCCAAAAAUGAUGAGCAGUGAACAUGAAGGCUCUGUUGUCAGUGCCUGGCUGUUCACACCUGCAUAUCAGAAUGCCCACAAUGGAUUACAGUUUCAUGUCUUCGAGAAUAUAGACAGAACUUUUUUCUUCAGACACAGCAAUGACUUUGCCUUCAGAAGUGAGCCUGUUCUUAAUCAUGGUUCGCCUUUCCUCACAGCAGAUGUCAAGAGAAAUCCCACAGUCAUUGCAAUGAAAGUUUUCUUUCCCACUUGACACUAAAAAUUAAGGAAUGAUAUCUGGAAGCUAAGGAGAAUGCUAGACACUAGGCACCAUGCAGCAAUGUACCCUGUAGGUCACUCUGAGCACCAGCAGCACACAGUCUUCCUCUGGGUAUAUGAAGAGGUGGACAUGCCAGCAGCUAGGAAUGCAGAGGAUCAGCUCCAAGUCUCCUACUACUGCAAAGGCAAACAGACAAUAGUCAUACUUCCUCAACCUCACCCUCAACGUGAAAAUCCUCCAAACCAUUUAGCUGGUUGUUAGUUUGACUCCAGGUUCACCUCUGAGCAAUGACCAAUGCAGGAAGAUCCCAGAAGACUCUGUGACUCAGAACCACUCUUGUAAUCCAGUUUUUCUGACACUUGUUCCUCCAGAAAACCACUUGUUGCUACCAGCAGUAAAUUAUCUGUGUUGCUACACGCCCUCCAGAAAACUAUUCAAUGUUUUCAUUGCUCCCCUACUGUGCUAUGAGAGUAUUUGGGCAAAGACGUUCACUUACCAUAACUCAACUGAACUGUUCAGCCUCUGAGAACUGAUUCCCCAAAAUUAAGCAGAAUUACACUUUUUAGGAUCUAUACUAAUAAACUCAUUAAGCUUAA